UCUCAUGAAGCCGGGAUUACAUACUAUGAAACACAUUGAUAGCUUAGUAUACCUUGACGAUUACAUUGACACUCUAGAAGCCUUGCCCCUGGAGCUACAGAGGAAUUUCACGCUGAUGCGUGAACUAGAUGGCUACGCACAAGAUUUGAUGGAAUCCGUUGCCUCGGAAUCAAUAGAUUUCAUCGACAAUGUAAAACAAAUGACACCAGACGAACGAGUUCUCGCACUGAAGAAAAUCGGCACGUUACUAAGCGACAGCUUAAAGCGAGGGGAAGAGAAAGUGUCUUUAGCUAAAACCACAUUUGAUACUGUAGAUCGCCAUUGCAGUCGCUUAGACACUGAUUUACAGAAAUUUGAGGAUGAGCAAAUGUCAGGUCUAGGCCGAGUGGCACCACAAGGAAUAUCAAUAUCAGGGAGAGGCAAAGAUGAUCUUCAUCACGAAAAGAACUCUAGGAAAGAUGCCGGUAGGAAGAGUGAUAAACGUUCAGCACACGAACGCAGAACUGGCAAAGGUGAAGGAACUCCACCUCCGAGAGCACAGACUCCGAAGGACGGUGUUUUGAAAGCCAUCCGUUCUGACAAGGAUAGAGCAAAAGGCGCAUUUUCUGCUGCUGGACGAAACGGUUCUGGAAAAGCAAAAGCUGUCUCUUCUGUGGCAGACAUGCCUAUUGAUCCCAACGAGCCUCUCUACUGCUACUGUCAACAAGUAUCUUACGGCGAGAUGGUUGCUUGCGAUAAUGAUGAUUGCGAAAUUGAAUGGUUCCAUUUGGCAUGUGUAAACCUCAAAACUGUGCCCAAGGGUAAAUGGUAUUGCGAUAAUUGCUCAGCCAAGAUGAAAGGAAAGCAAAGAAAAUAGUGCGUGAUCUUGCAAAGUAAAAAAGAAAGCCAAAAAAAAAGAUAACUUGUUGUACAUAACCCCCAUGCUGUAAUUUCAAUUGGAAAAAGAUA